CUCAAGGAGACCAGCGCUGCCGUGCCGUGUCCACGUUUCACUCCCAAGUCCCAACUCCUCCCACCUUCCACUGUUCCACUAGACCGUAAAAAUGGCAGCUUCCUUUCCGUCCCUCCCGCCGCCGCCGUCCCCGGCGGCCACCGCGCUAGCCAGCAACCUCCUCUCCUUCCCUGCGCCGCGGGCCCGCCUCGCCGCCGCGCCCCGCCGAGCGGUCGUCGCGGCGGCCUCGUCCAGGCCCCCACCUCCGCCGUCCCCGGAAGGGGGCGGCGAGGAGGAGGAGGAGGUGGAGAGGGCCUUGGGCAUGGACGGCAGCAUCCCUGGGACUUCCGGCGAGCUGCUGCGCCGCGUCUCAUCACGCGCCUACGGCAUGCGGCGCCACCUCAUGGAGUCGCUCGACUCCCUCGCCUACGACGUUCUGGAGACAAAUCCAUGGAGAGAGCAACCCAAGCCAGUCUAUGUUCUGGCUAGAAGAGAUAAUCAACUAUGGACAAUGAAAACCCGCAGGAACCGCAGUGAAGUUGAAAGGGAACUCGGAAUGCUUUUCUCAAAGGGAGGGGGUUCAGGAGUUGGGACUAAAUCGAAGUAUGGCUCCAAGUUUAGUAUGCUUGUUGAAGAUAUCACAGAGGGAGUACUGGUGUUUGAAGACAAGGAUGAUGCUGUAAAAUACUGUGACCUUCUACAGGGGGGUGGUCAAGGAUGUGAGGGAAUUGCAGAGCUAGAAGCAUCAUCAGUUUUCAACAUUUGCCAUAAAAUGAAAGCUCUUGCUGUCCUUUUCCGCCGUGGAAGGACUCCUCCAAUGCCUCAAAGCCUCCAGCGUGACUUGAGGGCAAGAAACCGUUCAUUAGAAGACUAGGAUGUUUGGUUUACAGUGUAUAGAUCUGUUAAUUGCCUCUAGCUGUUGAAGCAAAGGCCUACAUGGUACAUAGAUUCAAGUUGAAAAAGAGAUACAAAAAAAAAUUGGUACAUAGAUUCAAUGAUUAUGGAAGUCAAGUCUGACAGUAAACACAUAAAUUAGCUUCAGAUUAGCAGGCUGUGAAGCUGAAUAUUCUUGUAUUUGUGUACAUUGUUUACAGUGAAUAAAUGAGAUUUUAAGUUACUGAGUACUAUUCCCUCAGUCCUAUCA